GUGCCAAUGGUUGUGGUAUUGUUUUUAUUGCCAAGCAAAAAUAAUAAUCGUAUGACAAAUGUCGACUUUUGAAAAAUAUAAAGAUUUAAAAGAAAGGUUAAAAAGGGAUGAGGAGGAAGCAUACAAAAAGCGAAAUGACGAGAAAGAAUUACAAAAAAAGCGGAAAAUGGAAAAUAAAAAUAAGAAAAAAGCAGUUUCAAUUAAAAUAAAAUUAAAAGCUAUACACGAGAAUGAUAAAAAUUCACCGGAGUUGUCUCACAAUCAAAAUAGCCAAAGUAAUGAAGAGCUUGUUGAUAUAAGUUUACAUCGCAGUACUUUGGAACCUAACAAAAUUAAUAACGAACUAUUAACAUUUUCCAAGGUAAGGUCUCCUACACAAAAAGAGGGUGAUAUUAUCCAAAAAAGGAAAACUAACAAAAAGUCAGGUUUAUCGACUAAGGCUUUAGAGGAGAAACGCAAAAAGGACAGAGAAAGACAAAGAAGAAGACGAUUGAAGAUGUCCGCGGAAGACUUGGAAAAGAAACAAGAAUACGACAAAAAAUACAAAGAAAGAAAAAUAGCUGAAGGGACAUGGAAAAAGUUGAGGUCAUCCAUGAGUAAAAGGGAAAGAGGCAAAGAUCGAAAAAUAGUGAGAGACAGAGUAAGAAAAUGUAGGCAGAAACAGAAAGAAAAUCAACAACUUCAAAACUUUAUGGAAAAUGACACACCACCCGUUAGCCCACAGCUUCCUGAUGACGUACUAGAAAUUGAUGAAGAGAAUUCGACCCCAAGAUUGCACCAUAAUAGUGGCAGUACACACAAAUUACGUGGCAGAAAAAAGAAAAAUUUAAAUAGAUCAAAAGUAUACCGGCUUUUAAAACAAACAGAAGAUAAACUAAAAAAGAUGACCGCUCAAAAAGAAAAAUAUAAAAAGAGGUAUCAAAGAAUGAAACAAAAAAAUCCGCCAUCACCAAACGCCAAAAUAACGUUAUUGGCCGAAGGUCGACCAGUACCGGAAGGAGUAAGAAAAAGACUUUUAUUCACAGAAACUGUAACACAAAGUUUAAUCCAAAAAAGAAAAGAAUUUGCUAAAACGCCAAAACAUUUAAAUUUGUUUCAUAAAAUUAUUGCAAGUGAUAUAAUAAAAAAACGAAAACUUGUUAAAAAAGCAAAACCACUAAUUUCAUGUAGGACAUUUCGAAAAACAAAUGAAGGAAUCUCUCGAAAAUGGAACUACCAGACACUUUCUAAACAAGUAGGGCAAAAUGUUGUUAAAUUUUAUGAAGAAGACAUACAUUCAAAAAUGUUGCCGGGGAAGAAAGACUGUGUAACACGGAAAAAAAUAAAAAAACAAAAACGCCUACUUCUACACUCAGUUAAAGAUUUACACACAAAAUAUAACGCGACACACAGGACCAAAGUAUCAUACACUACUUUUCGAAAUUUAAAACCUUACUGGGUUGUUCACCCUAAAAUGUCUGACAGGGAUACUUGCGCAUGCGUAAAAUGCUCAAAUAUUCAACUUCUAGCCAACAAAGCUUUUCAAGUGGGUCUGGUAAAUGGUUCGGUUAAGGAUUUAAUUAAAACUAAGGUAUGUGAUAUAAACAACAAAGAUUGCAUGUAUCAAACUUGCCCUGAGUGUAAAAAUACGUCCAUUAUACAAAAUGUUAACGAUAUUAAUAAAAAUGAUAGUAUUUCGUACCACCAGUGGCAAACUGUUAAAGUUAAACGAAGCCAAAAAGAUGAUACACUUGUUAGAGUUUCGAGAAAAAACAUUGUUGAUUCCACAAAGAAGGAAGCUAUAGAAACAUUAGAGUUCAAGUUACUGCCUGAUUAUAUGACCCAUCAAUUCAAAAUUUUUUAUCAGUAUCAACAGCUCAAAAACGCAAAAAAUAGCAUAAAUAAUAAUGAAAUAUUUAUUCACAUGGAUUUCUCUGAAAAUUAUGAGACCAAGUAUCACACAGAAAUUCAGAGUAUGCAUUUUGGAAGUUCAAAAUCCCAUCUGUCGCUUCAUACGGUUGUUGUUUAUGUUAAAGAAAAUAAAAAGUCCAUACCUAAAUCAUAUUGUACAGUGUCAGAGAAUACAGAACACGGAGCUCACGCUGUCUGGGCACAUCUUGCACCAAUUUUUUCUGAACUUCAAGAAAAGCGUCGUUACGACACUGUUCAUAUGCAAUCCGAUGGUCCGGCGUCUCAAUAUAAAAAUCGAUUCAACAUGUAUUUUUUUACGCAAAUUACUGACCAUUUUAAAGGAAUAAAGAAGGCGUCCUGGAAUUUUUCUGUUAGUGGACACGGGAAGGGGGCAGCGGAUGGAGUCGGUGGACUAGUGAAGAGAAGUGCAGACUCAGCAGUGAAAAUGGGCGCUGACGUUAUAGACGUAAAAUGUUUUAUGGACGCUGUUGGCUCUAGAACCCGGUCUGUUCAACUGUUUGAAAUACCAUUCCAGAAAGUCAUCGAGAUUAAAAAUAAAAUUCCCAAUUCUGUACAAAAAAUUCCAAAAAUCACCAAAUUACAUCAAGUAACCUGGACAAAAGAUAACCCAAACACUUUAUUUACACGAGAACUCAGUUGCUUUGAAUGUUCGUUUGAUGCUGUUUGUGGGCACCACAAAUUAGACAAGGGAUAUAUUAAUUUAUCACCUAAAACAGAAACAAAAAUCCAGGGAUAUAGGGCUAUAAAUGAAAAUAUUUUGGAUUCCAGCACUCUAGAAAGUAAUAUGGAGCAUCCCAUUUUUAAUCCGCAGCAGAACAUUGAAGGUCUUGGACCUAAAGACUGGGUAUUGGUUUUAUACGAAGGCGAAACUUAUCCAGGACAAAUCUUGGAUGUAAAUAUAUCUAAUAUGGAAGUCACUGUUAAUGCCAUGGAGCCAUUACCAAAAAAUUCCACUUUGUUUAAAUGGCCUUUACUUAAAGACAUCCAUACCUAUCCAAUUCAGGCUGUUCUAAGAAAAAUAAACUCCCCUAUUCAGGUUGAUAAAAGGGGAAUUAAAUAUAAAUUUCAGGACUUACCAAAUAGUUACCAAUAAUUCCGAGUUACCAUUUAUUAUUUAAGUUAUUAUUUAUGUUGAGAAGACACAUUUUAUUUUUUGUACUUUAAAUACAAUUGUACUUUAAGUAUGGUUAUUGAAUAAAAAUAACAAAAAACUGCAUAUCAUAUCAGCAUAUAAGAGCUUCCUAUCUUCUAGUUUACAUAAGCAAUUGAGUGUAACACCGGUCACAAUUUGUAACAUCGGUCACAUGUAUUAAAUAAUUGUUUAUUAUUGUGAAG